GCGCCCAGUAUCCGGUUUUGCGAUGGUGAUGUCUGGGAUUUGGAGUUCUAUUUUUGUAAAGCUUGAAAUGACAGGUAGUGAGGAAGACUACAAUGCAGAACUGACUGCUUCUCCCCAGUCUGAGAAGAAAUGUAGAGGUGAGAAACGUGUCUCCUUCCCCCCGGAUGAAGAGAUAGUGUCUGGCUUCGCUGAACGCAAGGACUUGUUAAGGGAUGUUGACAGUAUCACCUUGAAAGAGAUAAUAGCUUCCUAUAAGCAAAGCUGUGAGAAGCACCAAGUGGAACCCAAACCAAAGUUACUGGAACAACUCCAGACCAUCACAGAUUUGCACAGUAGGGUCAGAUGUCUAGAUCUGAAAGGUGAACGGUUAGAUUACCAAGCAUGUGAAUCUCUUGAAGGAUUACUGAAACUGUUACAGUACGAGUUUCUCAAUCUGCAGGAGGCUGAAUUGGAUGAAAAUGGGGCCUCUGCUUUGUUUGAUAUGAUUUCUUAUUAUGACUCAGCGACACACCUCAACAUUUCCUGUAAUAAAAGAAUUGGGGCCUUGGGCUGGCGUUCUUUAUCUCGCCUGAUACAGCAGAGCAGUUGCCUGUGGAGACUGGAUGCAUGUAACAUACCUGUACUGGAGUAUCCUGCACAGGCCAUGUCACGAGCCUUGCAGUCCAGUAGACUGGCUGUACUGCACUUUGAAAAAACAUGUGUGAGUGGUAGGCCUCUCUUUACACUAGUUUCUGCUCUGAAGUCGAACACAGCCCUGCAGGAGCUUUACCUGGCAGACAAUGAUCUCAACAGCUUUCAGGACUCAAUGCAGCUUGGCGACCUUCUCAAAUACAACCAUACUCUUAGAGUGCUGGACUUAAGCAACAACCUAAUAUCAGACACAGGUCUUGAAGAUAUAUGUGAAGGUUUAAAGGUACAGAAGACUGGUCUUAGAAAACUAGUGCUGUGGAACAACCUACUAACCUUCAAAGGCAUGACCCAUCUGGCACGUGCUCUGCCUUCUGUGGCAAGCCUUGAGACAUUGAACCUGGGCCAAAAUAUACUCCAGAAUAAAGGGAUUCAGAGACUUAAAGAUGCUCUCAUAGUCAACAGAUCACUUCUACAGCUGGGACUGGCCUCAACCAAAAUAACCUGUGAAGGAGCUGUAGCUCUGGCAGAGUUCAUUGCAGAAAGUCCUCGGAUCCAGAGGCUAGAUGUCCGUAAAAAUUUGAUCAGAGCAGGAGGGCUUAUGGCUCUGUCUUUAGCACUACAAAUUAACCGUUCCCUGAUCAGAGUGGACUUAGACAAAACUGUGAAGAAAGAGAAGGAAGAAUUUCUGGUUGAAACCCAAAAAACUGUACUGCAAGAGAUUUGGAAAAACUGCACGAGAAAUGCUGCUGCAGCUAAACACAGGAUGACAUCAAGUGCUCAUUCAGACCAGGGGUGAAUGAAAAGACAGUGAAAAGACCCACAGAGAUGCAACAUCUAUCAGCAGCAGCAGUGGAGUUAAGGCAUAUUGGCAAAUCAGCAUGGGGUGCCAGCCACUGUGCAAACUUGUACUGUACCUGAUGUUUCUACAAGGGCUUCCGUCCCCACUAUUAACAGCCCCUUAGAUUAUACAAGCACACAGUAUCUAACAUGAAUGUAAAUUGUGUUGUGAACAAAUAAGUAUUAUGCAUGUUACAAAGCUGAGUAAUGAACACAAACAUACAUAUUAAAAUCAAAUCAUUAUUUUCUGUGAAGGGCAUAUAUUAUUAUUUAUUUUUACUUUUCCAGAAUGCAGUUUUCAUAGAAAUCUUGAGUUAAAAAAGGUUAAUGAUUCAAAUUGACUCCUUCAAUCCCAUGUCCAGAGAAAACACUGAAAUAAAGAACACUAUACCUGACAGGUCUGACCAAACUAGUUUAUUUGACUUAUUUACUUUAACAUUGUGCUUGUGAAGUGAAUUGCUAUCUAGAAUGUACUGUCUUAAAGCACUCUUUCGUGGGCAUUUGGAAUAAAUACAAACAGAAAAAAAAAAAAAAAAGUUUGGCAAAAAAGAUUGAUCUGUGUUGUGUCUUCACUGAACAAGGGUAUAAUGAUAUUCACAAGAAGGCCCCCUGCUGUAACAGAAGGCAAACUGUUCCUAAGCAACAAAACUAAUUUUCUAUUUAAAUACAAGUGGGGUCUUCAAAAUAUUCACCAUAUAAACCGUAGCUUAUGAUGUGAUUACGGAAUACAUAUCAAGCAUCAUGUCAAGGUUACAAAAGGCUUUAACCAUCCCAGAACACAUUACAUACAAAGGUGUGUUGAGUCACUAAACAUGCAUAGGUGAAAACAUGCAUUUGAAUUAAACCUGGACUUUAUAUAAUAAAACUACAAUUAUAAAUGUGAUUACAGCUUGGAACUGGGCAGAAGUUAACCAUGUUAAAUAUAUAUAACUGGCUUUGCAAAUAUUUGUAAUUUGAUACGUUCUUGAUGCUAUAGAUUGAAUUAGUCCGCCAUCUACUGGCAGUUCUUGCCACCACACACAUGUGCAUCACACAACAGUAUAUUUCACCAACUGUAACUGUGCAUGUCUCACUUAACUGUGCUUUCAUUUAUUUUUGUUUACAGGCAUGACUUGUCUAUUAUGUGUUGAAUAUACUGUUAAUCCCCAUUUUAAAAUGCCACAUACAGCCCAAGAAGGAAAAUGAUUUGAUCACUCUUUGUUGUAAUACAUUUUGGUAUAAAUAUCUUGAUAAAUCUGGCUCAUUGUGUUUUGUGAAAAUGUUGUGUUACAUGAGCUUUGAAGUCCUGGGAAGUUAAGAAUGUGUUUAUUACACCUUUUUUUUCUUCGAUGUAGCUAGAAAGAUGUUUAACACAGGCCAUACUUUAU